GCUUUAUUGAAGUCAAAAUGUCUCAAAAAAUCCAUGGCGGUUCUGUAGUAGAGAUGCAAGGAGAUGAAAUGACACGAAUCAUUUGGGAGUUGAUUAAAGAAAAACUCAUUUUUCCGUAUGUGGAUUUGGACCUGCACAGCUAUGAUCUAGGCAUAGAGAAUCGGGAUGCGACCAACGACCAGGUCACCAAGGAUGCUGCGGAAGCCAUAAAGAAGUACAACGUGGGUGUCAAGUGUGCUACCAUCACCCCUGAUGAGAAGAGGGUUGAGGAGUUCAAGCUGAAGCAAAUGUGGAAAUCGCCAAACGGCACCAUCCGAAAUAUCCUGGGCGGCACUGUCUUCAGGGAGGCCAUUAUCUGCAAAAAUAUCCCCCGGCUUGUGAGCGGGUGGGUGAAACCCAUCAUCAUAGGUCGUCACGCGUAUGGGGACCAAUACAGAGCAACAGAUUUUGUUGUUCCUGGGCCUGGAAAAGUGGAGAUAACCUACACGUCAAGUGAUGGAUCCCAGAAGAGGACCUACCUGGUGCAUAAGUUUGAAGAGGGUGGUGGUGUGGCAUUGGGGAUGUACAACCAAGACAAGUCAAUCGAAGAUUUUGCACACAGUUCUUUCCAGAUGGCUCUGUCUAAGAGUUGGCCUUUGUAUCUGAGCACCAAAAACACUAUUCUGAAGAAAUAUGAUGGACGUUUCAAAGACAUCUUUCAGGAGAUAUAUGACAAGCAGUACAGAUCCCAGUUUGAAGCCCAGAAGAUCUGGUACGAGCAUAGGCUCAUCGAUGACAUGGUGGCCCAAGCUUUGAAGUCAGAGGGCGGCUUCAUCUGGGCCUGUAAAAACUACGACGGCGACGUGCAGUCGGACUCCGUGGCCCAAGGUUAUGGCUCUCUGGGCAUGAUGACCAGCGUGCUGAUUUGUCCAGAUGGCAAGACAGUAGAGGCAGAGGCUGCCCAUGGCACCGUAACGCGUCACUACCGCAUGUACCAGAAGGGACAGGAGACGUCCACCAAUCCCAUCGCUUCCAUUUUUGCCUGGACCAGAGGGUUAGCCCACAGAGCCAAGCUUGAUAACAAUAAAGAGCUCGGCUUCUUUGCAAAGGCUUUGGAAGAAGUCUGCGUUGAGACCAUCGAGGCUGGCUUCAUGACCAAGGAUUUGGCUGCCUGUAUUAAAGGUUUACCCAACGUGCAACGUUCUGACUACUUGAAUACGUUUGACUUCAUGGACAAACUCGGAGAAAACCUGAAGAUAAAACUAGCUCAGGCCAAACUUUGAGGUCAUUCCUCAGCUUGAGUGGAUAAGUGUUUGUGGUAGCUAGGUCCACUGGUUUACAUUUUUCUGUGUAACACUCAAAGGUAAAGGCAAAAUCAAUUUUGUAAUUUGUUUAGAAGCCAGAGUUUAUCUUUUCUAUAAGUUCACAGCAUUUUUCUUAUAUACAGUUGUGCCAUCUUCAUGAACAAGGCAGGGGACUUU